UCUGUUUAAUAUAUUAUUUAUUAAGUUGAUUAGAAAAGUCGCUGAAUAAUCGGAUUUAGCAGUCUAAAACAAAUUAUGAUAAAUGAAAUACGUCAUCAAAAUAUCUGCGUUUUUCAUAUUUGGCUUCGGAGAAAUUAAUUUCUCUUAUUGUCGGUGCCAAUAAAAUCAAAUAAGAAGUGGCAAAUGGCAAUGUGCGUUUCUUGAAGAGGAUGGCAAUUUAAUAAAGAAGAGAAAUAAUAUCUUAUGCGAAGAAGAAGCGACAAAACCUCGGACUUUAGCGAUAAAAAUGUAUGCGAAUGCCUUGUGAACGCCGUGGUGAACAGGCGAUGGAUGAACGGACGUCGAGCGAAGAACGUGAGACAACCCUGUCAAGAAAUGUCGAUAAUCCGUCACACCGGAUUUCGUCAACAUCCACGUCUGAAUCAACAAAUAACGACGUGGCCAAGGAGAAACUGGCAAUAGAGGAGCGACUAGCUGCCAAAAUGUUUUCCUACGAAAUUAUCUGUUUUUUCCUCGCGAUUACUUUUACUGCUAUGGCAGCUCUACACAGCACACCUCCUAAAGUUUCUAAACCUCCUAUAGCAAAGCCUUUCUUUGAUCAGAAUUCCAUAGUAUUGGAUUUCUAUAAGGGUCAUUUAGAUGCUAUGAUCGAAAGGAUAACGCAGGCAGAUUUUAGUUUUGUUAUGUAUUAUGCUCCUUGGGACGCAGAAAGCCAAGCUCUACGUAAUGAGUUUGAAAGUGUUGCUCAAUUUUAUCAUCCACAGAUAUUCUUUGCAGCCAUUAAUUGUUGGCAUCCUGAUUCAGAAUGCAGAAUGCAAUAUAAUAAAAUUCAUGGUUAUCCAGUGCUGAUGCUAUAUCCAGCCAGAGAAUCUGGUAUCAAUUAUAGAGGCAUUCGCACAGCACCAUACAUGAUCCAUUUCCUAGAUGCGCUUAUGAAUCCCAUUGUCAGAAUAACACACAAAGAACAAUUAACAGAAUUAUUGAUUGCCAAUGAUGCAGUAGUCAUAGGAUACUUUAAUUUUACAAGGUUGGAUAAAACUCCUGGGUAUCGAGAGUUUUACAAGGCUGCAAUACGAUCAUUGGAAAGAGAUCCUAAUAGAGAACUGGCAUUUGCUAUAGUAACUAGUGCAUCAUCUAGUAAAUUACAUUUUGGAGUCUACAAGUUUCCAUCAGCAAAUUUAGUCAUGUGGAAUGAAUCUUUAAGUUAUCCAGAAAACAAUGAAUGGACAGCCGAGAAUAUCCUCAAUUGGAUUAGCAGUUCUAUUCAUCAACCAUCUCUCUGGCUACAACCCCCUGGUGUCAAAGCUCUCACUUUUGCACCUUAUCUACGUGAAGGACCAGUCUUAUUUCUUUUCACACCACGGAAUCCACUUCAUACAGAAAAUUACAUUUACAACUUGAUAAGAGAACUCGGCUUACAAUAUUAUAACUGUGCAGAUAAUAUGCUAGUAAAAGAUAUAAUCACUCGUCUGGAAAAUAAACGAAGUACAGCGAUGAUUCGUCAUUUGUCUAGAAAUCAAGAAUGUGCUCAUCUUCUGAACAAGACUAAAAUCUAUACAGAGCAAAUAAAGGAAUCCAUUACUACUAUAUCAAUUCAGCAAUGGAUUAAUAACAGCUGCUGUGCAAAUGUGGCAAUGAAUAAAUGUUCCUUAUGCAAGACAAAGGCGACAAAUCUAUUAGAAAAAGAGAUCUACAGAAUUAAAAAAUUUGGUGAUGUUUGCAAAGAUACUGAUGUAUUCACAUCUCCUAAUAUGAUUCGACAAUAUGAGGAGCAGAUAAACAAUUAUAACAAGAACUACAUGAUGAUGAAAUUACAGGAAAAGUCAAAAUCAAAAAGGCUACAUACAGAUACAAAAUAUAAAACAUCAUUAUUAAGGGAAGAAAAUGAUUCACGAUCUGCGAACACUGUAAAAAGAAAUUUUUUAAAAGAAAGUUGCAAAAAAUGGUUGGCUGGAAAUGAUUAUUAUCCAUCAUUAUUUCCGCAAGAUUCUUCAAAGAAAUUUAAUAUCAGCUUGAAAGAAUUGGUUUGCAAAACCAACAAGACACUAGCUUUAAUAGCUAUUGACAGUUUGCAUUAUUACCAUUUUGCAGAACAUCUUGGGAUUGAUAUUUCAAAGCGAAAAAAUAAAAGUACUGUUGUAAUCUUGGAUGCCGCAUUAGAAAGUCAGUACAUCAUGCAUCAUGAUUUCAGUGAAUACACUCUUAUUAAUUUCAUAAACAAUUAUACACAAGGUUUGCUAGGGCGAACAUUACGUUCAAACAAUCUACAACACCAUAAAGUGCAAAAAUUGCAUAAUGAGAAAAAUAAUAUAGAUAAUAAUAUAGAUUCUUAUUCAAAAAUUCGUAUACCAGAAUUAACAACAAAAACAUUUUUGGAUACAAUUUUAGAUCCAUCUAAGGAUGUCAUUGUAAUGUACUACUCUCCUUACUGUGGAUUUUGUAGUGCUAUAUCAUAUGUAUAUUUAACAGUGGCAUAUUACUUAUCCAAUAUGGAUCAUCUAAUUUUUGUAAAGAUUGAUGGAGACAAUAAUGAUUUACCAUGGGAAUACAGCAUGAAUCGCUUUCCAUCUAUUUUAUUUUUUCCUGCGAAGAGGAAAGAGGACAGCACUGUAUUUCCAUUUUCUGUUCCUAUUACUAUCCCAAAUUUGUUAAACUUUGUGCUAGCGAACUUAAAUGGUGAUUCCCACAUUGAAGCUUUGAUCAAUGUUUGUCAAGCAGGAACUGGCGAGGCGCCAGAUAAAUGUAUCACUAGAAUACGAUGGCUGUGCUUAGAUAUUAUCGAGCAACUUUUGCGAGAUUAUAGAAAGCUAAGACGGCAUUUAAACUUUUUAGAUAAAAAAAUUGCACGCAAUAAACGUAAAAUCAUUCUUUUUAAAUUAGAGCAUAUUAAGGAUAUUCAUUUAAUUUUGGGUUCUACCAUUGAUUUUGAUAGAAAGAAAGCACAAUUGAUUAAGAGAAAGUUUCACAAAUACUAUAAAGUUAUUAGAUUGCUAGAAACUGAUAACAAGGUAGAAAGGCGGCAUUUAAAUAAAUCUAAAAAUGCCGUAUCAACUGCUAAACGAGAGUUGAUAAGAAGUGAAUUGUGAUAUAGAU